AUGGAAAGCUCUGCACAAGAGAAAAGCAAACAAAACCAGGCUGGAGCCGUUGAACAAGACAAUAUGGCAGCCGAGAGUAAGUUAGAAAGUAAAGCUUGUUCUUCGUCACAUUCAGGUUGAUCAAAGUUAGAAACUGUUUUGCUCUCUUUCAGCUAUGAUGACAAGAAUUGACAUCUUGUCUCGACCCAAACCGGUCCCAGUUGGCUUCAUCGAGGACAGGUUGGUGGUUAGCUAUGUCUCCCGUGGUAACCAAAAGUGUUUUUUAGUAAAUUCGCUUGAAAAUUUUGACUUCUUGUACUCUGCUUUGUACUUUGGUGUCGAUCAAAACAAAAUAGGAUGCAGUGCAACAUUGCACGUUUCGAGUUCGAUAAUGUUCUUGACCAAUUUUGACAGAGGUUUCAUUUGUUUGAUACAAUUACAAUCAAAGAUUUGUAAAUGUAUCUAUAGCUUUCUUUGAUCUUGACUGGGAACUAAGAAUCGAAGGGCAAAGUAUACGACUUUGGAGUCAAUCAUAUCAUGUUGAAACGUCAACAAAAGAGAAUUAACGGAAACAUGCUGGGGAAUAUUUUGCAAGGGAACAAAAUUCCAUACAUGACUGUGGCCUACUAUGUUGUAUUAUAUUUCAGGCGAUCAGUUUACUGGGACAACGAUUUAGCCAAGGAUUGGGACAACAUUGAACCAACUAAAAACGGUACUAAAAUAGCUGUAUUCCUCUUUAUCAAAUGAUUUAAAUUAGCAUGCUUUUUAUUGUUUUGGUGCUUAUUGCUUAAGGUAAUUUAAAUUAUUCAUGUUGACUUAAAUAAUUGAGUACCUCGAGCUGUAAGAGGUCUAAAACAUCUCUUCAUGUUUGAUACUAGUGUAAUUAUAGCAGCUGCGGUCAGCUAUGUUAAAAGAAAUUCAGCCUUUUAUUCUUGAGUAUAUGUAUAAUAGCAUAUGAAGACCCAAAAUGUGUUUAUAAUAAGGGUCAUAAAAUAUGGGCACGUAUUGGAUAAUAGGAUGUCAUAUAAACAGGAAGACAUUAAGAGAAACCACAACUAUUAGAAUUAAUAUUAAUGAUGUUUGGACCCUUCAAAAGUGAGUUCCCUAUUUUUUCACGAUUGCUUUUGUAUAUUGAACAGUGUUAACAGAAAGACAGGCCCAGCUCGUGUACAGCAAGCAGCUUCACAAAGAUUAUGUUGGAGACAGGUACUGAUUAUAAAAUUGAUGAUUUAUCAUAAAAAUUAAAGGAUUGAUGGUAACCCUCUGCCUUGUGCAUAUUAAGUGCGUCAGUCUUUCCAGAGGGGAGGGGGGCAUUACUCCUCGGGAUUCUUGAUGAGGAAGCACCGCACAGUUCUUGAAAUCCUGACCCUAUUUCAGACCAAAAAAUGGCAUUUUUUACACCCGUUUUCAUACCUGGUCUCGUAGAAAUUAUGUUAUCAUUACUUAGAUUUGAAUGCCAAGAAAAACAUUGCUUAAAGUACAUUUUGAAUUCGAAUGUUAUUCUGUCUGUCUUAUUUAUUUGGGAUCAAAACAACAAAUAUGUUCAUACACUCACAUAGUUCCCUCAAAAACCAUACCACAUUCCAUACCAAAAUAGGCAAAGUUUAUCCCUGCUUUCAACGGUUCAAAAAUCAUACCUUUUGGGUUGGCUAAUACCCCUUUAUUACUUAUUAGUUAUAUAAGGAAGUACAACCUCCAGGUAGUCUUUAUCCCAUCCAUCCAAACAGCACCACUGAAAUUCCAUGAAUGCUCAUACUCGAUCUUGGUAAUCAAACUUGAAAAAAUAAAUUCUAGUCUCAAAUUAAGUCUCAGACUUUAGUAUUGUAGCUUUGACUGUAUUGUACAGUAUUUAUCAGCAAUAAAUGCUCAUCCAUAUCAGAUGCCAGCAUCCAACUUUAAAUACAGCUGUAGAGAUGGGGGUUACAAACUUCACAUGACGAAGUAUUUUUUUGGUAUGCAAGUCCCAUUGAUAAUAAGUUUUUUUUCCCAAAGAUUCAAAAGUUAGAACGACAAAAUUAAUCAUCUCUCCAUAAGUCUGUCUAGGAUAAAAAGGCUUGUGUAGGAGGGCAUUAAAUAAAAUAAAAUAAUAAAUUGUCAAGGGCUUGAAGGGUUUUUAUACCUUGUUUUCCAACAGACCAAGUGCUAUAUGGCCGGUAAGUGAGGCAGCAAUGAAAGCAUCAGCAAGUGGACGGCUGGAAACCCUUUCAGAACCAAAAGCGUUACACAGAGAAUACGAACCAUGCCGGCAAGUUCAAACUGUUGUAAGUGAGGCUGCAAUGAACGCAGAGCCAACACAACGCAUUGAAACUCUUGCACAUCCCAAGACUUAUGCACCAUUAAAAAUCAAGUCAAAUAGUGAGUGGGAUUGGAGCGAAUGGGAGUCUGAUUUAACGGAAGCUGCAAAGAAUGCAACAGCCUCAGAGAGAGUUAUUUUCCUGUCUAAUCCUAAAAUUCCACAUCGUAGUUACAAAGAAGGACGAUCAGUGAUCUGGGAGGUUUCUGAAUCUGCAAAAAAGGCUCUGCCUUCACUUAGGGUUCAACAACUUGCUAGGCCCAAAAGCCGCAGCCAGUAUAAUGAGGACUAUGACGCAAGUGCAUGGAAAGUAUCACCAGGUGCUAAGUCAGCACAGGCUACCCCUAGAAUUGCAGAACUUGCAAUGCCUAUCCCUAGAAAAGUUAGAACUAAAAAAGUUGUUUGAUAUUUUUAAUAAAAAAUGACACUUUAUUGUUUCACUUUAAGAAAAUUAAUGCACAUAUUUGAUGACUCAAAACAAAAUUUUCCUAUUCUAUUAUUAAAUUAUAAAUGGAGAAACAUGCUUUUCAUUACUUAAGCUAACAAACAAACAUUUCAAGUCCAUUGUGAGAAAAAGAUAUUUUUUGUUUAACAGACUUCCGUUGGUGUUCAGUUUCAGUUAAAA